AUGGUGGUUCAUCGAUCCAGCAGCAUGUUGUCUGCUCUCUUUUGCUUGUGGAUCGUUGUCCCUUCGGCAACCUGCCUCUCCUUCAAUCUCUCUUUUCUUGAUCCCGCAAGUCGCUCCGGAAUCGAGCUGCAAGGCAAUGCAACCUGGAACAGCACCGAUGGCAUUCAGCUCACCAACGACACCAUCAUCUACAACGUGGGAAGAGCGGUGUACCGAGAGCCGCUGCUCCUGUGGAAUGCCCGCACCAAGGCGAUGUCCGAUUUCACCACCCAUUUUUCCUUCAUCAUCCGUAACUCUUCGAAAACUUCGUCGUCCGGCGAUGGCCUCGCGUUCUUCAUGGCGCCGUAUCCUUCUCCCCUCCUCCCCGAUUCCUCCUGUGGCUCUCUCGGCAUCUUCCCAAGAGUCUCCUCGGAUUAUCUUGUCCCGACGGUGGCGGUCGAGUUCGACACCCACCAAAACGAAUGGGAUGUGGACGACCACCACGUUGGGAUCGAUGUCAACUCGUUCGUCUCACAGAAGCCUGCGAGCUGGAACGGCAGUUUCAAGACUGGGAUGCUGGCGAAUGCAUGGGUGAGCUACGACGCCAUCACUCGUAAUCUGAGCGUCUUCCUCACUUAUGCCGACAACCCUGUUUUCGCUGGUGAUUCCAUCCUCCACACCGUCAUCGAUCUGCGGGAUCACCUACCGGCAAACGUUACAGUAGGCUUCUCGGCGGCCACUGGUCUGGUGACCGAGACGCAUGCCGUUCUGUCGUGGUCUUUCAGGUCGAGUCUGCAACCAAGAAGCAUUCCGCCGCCGACGGCUCCGACAGCAUCGGAUGCAGCGAAAAGUAAGAGCAAGACGGGGCUCAUAGUCGGUUUGGUGAUCGGAGCAGGGGCUCUGAUGGUCAUGCCGGGCUUGCUGUUGUUCGUUCUGUGGAGGAGGAGGAGGAAGUCUCGCGGCAGGAAUGCAGCAGAUGGUGACGAGGACAUGGAUUUCGAUCUAACCACGGAUGAUGAUUUCAUGGGAAACAGAGGGCCAAAGAGGUUCGCGUACAAAGAGCUGGCCCGUGCAACGAGGAACUUCUCCGACGAGGGUAAGCUAGGGGAGGGAGGAUUCGGGUCGGUCUACAGAGGUCACUUGAAAGAUCUGAAGCUUGAUGUGGCCAUUAAGAGGGUCUCUCGGGAGUCGCGACAGGGAAGGAAGGAGUACGUCUCCGAGGUCAAGAUCAUAAGCCGGCUGAGGCACCGGAACCUGGUGCAGCUGGUGGGCUGGUGCAAUGGACUUGAUCUGAAUGUUCUUACAAGAUUAAAUGAUGUUAUAAUAGUGAAACCAAUCGUAACAUUCUAUCAUCAUCAUCUUAUUAAGUUGGCAAAAAUAUCAAUUCGUUAUCUUACAAAAAGAAACGCCUUUGCCGGGAAUCGAACCUGGGUCACCCACGUGACAGGCGGGAAUACUCACCACUAUACUACAACGACUUAG